AUGGGCAGUGAUUCAUCGACGACGGUGUGCAUUCUCUUGGCGACGGGUGCACACGUCACGUGUGAUGUCUCAACAACGGGCGCAGAGACUUCGUUGGUCGCGAGUCUUGGGGAUGUGGGGCGAGUGACACUCGCGAGUCUCCCCCUGAACGAUAUUACGAACUACGGCGGCAAAGAGCUCAAGAGCCGCCCUCACCACACACCAGUCACAGACCUGCUGCUCGAUUUCUUCUCAAAUACAUCGUCUCUGCGGUUUCUAUCGUUAAUGGCGAGAUUAAUGCUGUGCUCUCCAUCCCUAGCGCUCAAUCCCUCUCUCAUUUUCCGAUGCCCAAACCUUCUGAAGACCUCGCACUCAAUGCUCGUCGUCAGGCGGCGCUUCUCAGCCGCAAGGAUAAGCAUGAACUUGAGAGCCGGCAUCGUUGGCCUACCCAACGUCGGAAAGUCUACUCUCUUUAACGCCGUCGUUGAAAAUGGAAAAGCUCAGGCUGCAAAUUUUCCUUUCUGCACAAUAGAACCGAACGUAGGGAUCGUUCCGGUCCCCGAUCCACGUCUUAAUGUGCUUUCUGAGCUCAGCAAAUCUCAACGAGCAGUCCCAGCAUCUAUAGAGUUUGUCGAUAUUGCAGGUCUUGUGAAGGGAGCUAGUCAAGGGGAGGGUUUGGGCAAUAAAUUCUUGUCACAUAUUCGUGAAGUGGACUCUAUUCUCCAGGUAGAAAAAAGAAUGGAUAAACUCAAGAAGGGUAAAGCAAAAGACCCACAAUCCAAAAUGAAGGAGGAAGCAGAGAAGUCUGCACUGGGAAGAAUCGAGCAGGCACUGAUGGAUGGAAAACCAGCACGAUCAGUUACCUUAACAGAUUUUGAGAAGGAUGCCGUAAGGCACCUCUGUUUACUUACAAUGAAACCUGUCAUAUAUGUAGCAAACGUGGCAGAAUCUGAUCUUGCUGAGCCUGAAAGCAAUUCUCAUGUUAAAGAAGUUAUGAACCUUGCUUCUGAACUGCAGUCUGAAAUAGUAACCAUCUCGGCCCAGGUUGAGGCAGAGCUUACUGAACUUCCACCAGAAGAAAGAAUCGAGUAUUUGACAUCCCUUGGCGUUAGCAAAAGUGGCCUGGGAAAUCUGAUUAGGGCAACAUACAACCUUCUCGGACUGCGUACUUAUUUCACUUCAGGCGAGAAGUUUUCAUUAUCUGCAGGAAUGACUGCACCUCAAGCAGCUGGUGUUAUACAUUCCGAUUUUGAGAGAGGCUUUAUUAGAGCGGAAACGGUUGCAUAUAAUGAUUUUGUUGCCGCUGGUUCACUUGCGGCUGCGAGGGAGAAGGGGUUGCUGAGAUCAGAGGGAAAAGAUUACGUGGUGCGAGAAGGAGACGUGAUGCUGUUCCGGUUUAAUGUCUAA